UUUUCCAACAAUCGUCUUACCUUCCGAAAGAAAAGAAAGCCAAAAGGAGCGUCCAGGUAAAAUGGGGAAAUUCAAACUACCCAUGGCCAUAUGCACGAAUUCGAGCCCUAGGCGGACACCGAGUAAGCAAGCACCGAUUGAUUAUAUUGAAUUUAUUUCUUGUGUAACAGAUACAAACCGGUUCGAUCGCGACAUGCCACCGAAUCAUCCGAUGCAGGAUGAUUCGUAUUGGUACGUCCAAGUGCCGGACGUCACCUACAUCAAUAUUAAUGAAGCUGUUCGAUCCAAUGAUGAGAAGUCGCUGAAAACCGCCUUCGAGCUAGGCACCCCGGUCGACACGAAAGACAAAUAUUUCAAAACGCCGUUGAUGGUUGCUGCUUCACAAGGAAACGUAGAUCUGGUUAAAAUGCUUCUUGAGAAACGUGCCAGUGUCAGUACAAUAGACAACUUCAAGUGGACGCCGCUUCAUCAUGCGUGUCACGGGGGUCAAUUAGAAGUGGUAAGGAUGCUCGUCGAACGUGGAGCAGACAUCAACGCCCGAGCAUUGAACGGUGGAACGCCACUGACCAGAGCCAUUGAAAGUUCCGCUUUCGACGUGGUUCAAUACCUUAUUGAAAAGGGUGCCAAACUUACGACAGAAACACGUAAAGGUCUCACUCCUAUUGACAUAGCAACGUCGUUCGCUGAUCCGAGAGUGAUCAAUGCUGUAAUAGCGAAAUGGACCCCACCCUUUGAUAAAUUCAAGAAAGCCGCACUAAAAGCGAAGAAGCCUAAACCUGGCGAUGGCAAGGGUGGCGAUUCAUUAGAAUCACCCGAGGAUAUAGGAUACUACCAGAAGAGCAGAAUCACUGUCUACCAAUUGGCAGAGUCUAUUAUGGAGAACAGGGUGGAACCCGAAGACAUUUCAUACGUCCCACCCAGACCUUGGAUCCAGAUGCCAAACACAGAAAAGCAAAUGGUAAGGAAAGAAGCUCUAAGAGAACAGUUCGGUUGGAAAGUCGACUUUCCGGAUUUCCUUAUGCCGUUCAAAAGAAACGUUUCGGACCAAGUCCCAAAACCUUAGUUCAGUAUUUAUUUUAUAUUUCGUUAAAAAAAGAGAAAAUUAAAAUCAGAGGAGAAAUAAAUUUUAUACAAAAACAA